AUGGGCGCGGGCCUGAGCGUGCGGAACGAGACGCCGCUGCCCCUCGGCGUCAUCCUGUCCCAGCUGACGCCGCUCCACUGGAACGACGAGCCGCUGCUCUCGGGCGAGACGUGGAACGCGCGGAACGAGCACGGCGUCGGCGCCGUCUGGUUCACGGCGAGCGUCGACGUCUUCGACCCGGCGCUCCAGCCCAACGUGGCCACGGUGUCGACGCGGCUCGCGGCGAUCACGUUCGGAGCGCUCUGCACGCCCCUCGCCGCGGGCUUCGUGCUCGGCGGCGCGCUGAGCGCGGUCACGUCCGUCGCGCGCGGCGCGGCGAUGCACAAGGUCAAGGCCGACGGCGCGCUGCUCGUCGUCCGCGGCUGCGCCAACGACCGCACGGGCGAGUACCGCCUCUACUUCUCCGCCGUCGAGCGGCGCGACGCGACGGGCGCCGUCUACGCGCGCGAGGCGCUCCGGCCGCCGCCGGGUUUUGUGGAUUGCGGGCUCGACGCGGUCCUCGUGCGCCGCGCGCCCUACCGCACGCCGUCGCGCGAGGCGCCGCUGCCGCCGGCCUACGUCGUCGCGAGCGCGCACGCGCCCGACGGCGCCGGCGACGCCGUCGCGGCCGUGCCCGUCUGGCGCGAGACGCCGCCGCCGCGCUUCGACGACCGCGUCCCCGGCGAGCGCAUCCGCGACCUCCGCCAGCGCAGCGCCGCCGCGUCCAAGGAGAAGGCCGCGGCGAACGGCGACGUCGUCGUCGACGUCGACGUCUUCGAGCUCCAGGAGGCGACGCCCGAGGCCGACCCCUUCGCCCAAGCCCCGGACCCCUUCGCGCACGGACCCGAGGCGGCGACCGCCGAGGAGUUCGUCGACUUAUAA